UGCUUCUAUUUUUUCCGCAUGUAUUAAAAGAAGGCCAUUACAAAACAAUUUCAGUGCUGCUUCUUUAUUUGAUUUAUCCUUACUUACGCCUUCUCUAGAGGUUAAAAAGUAAACUAGACUAUAAAAAGUUAUAGCGCAUACCCAGUAUAUAGUGUAAAGAAUCUGGAUUUUUUGUAAUUUGUUCGUAUUAUUCCUUUUCCUUUUCCUUCUUGUUUUCUUUCUACUUCCAUAUUACUACCUCAUUUUGCAGGGAAUAAGAAUGUAUUUCAGUUUACCCAAAAGUCAAGAUAGAAUGACACCGCUUCAUCAUGAAGUACAAACACAGUUAAUCCAACAGCAUCUUCAACAACAACAAGAACAAAACGAUUAUCUCAGUAAGAGAUCGAGUUACAGCAGCUAUGAGUCAAAUAAUACCACGACUAUUAAUGAGGAGAGGAUAUCAGAAAUUAUUCAAAAUUUAGACGAACACUGGGGAUCACCACCUAUAUUGACGCCCAAUACUUUGGCACAUAUCCUAAGCCAUCAAUGGGUACAACAAAGCAGCAACAGUCAGGAAGAAGCUGCCAUUAAUCGUGAAGAAAUUAGGAAGGUAUCCAAAGCUGCUGCUGCUGCUGCUUCAGUUGCAGCAAAUAAAACUUUACAGAAUAACAAUAAACUAAUUUUUACGUUGAUUGAAGAAUUUAUCAGGACAAUUCAAUCAAUAGAUACAGAGAAUCAAUUUGACAUCACUACAGAAAUUCAGUCCGACUCAGUAUUGCAAAAGCUAAUAGCUGCUAACGAAGAACAGACUGGUGAUGUUUCUAAUACGAAAAGUAAUAGUAUACUCCAUUAUCAGUCAACAAUGGGCGAGAAUGUUAUGAAACAUUUGAUUGAUUUACUUCGAAAGCAUAAUAAUGGAAACAGUAAUGAGACCAAGAAGCAGAACAUAUUACAAAGUCAAGAUUGAGGAAUUAAAAAAAAAAAAAAAAAAAAAAA